AUGGUGAUCUGUGUGUUUGGAAUGGUGGGGAAUGGGAUAGUCUUGUGGUUUCUGGGCUUUCGGUUGAGGCAGAAUCCUUUCACUGUCUACAUCCUAAAUUUAGCUGUUGCUGACUGCUCUCUGCUCCUCUUGUAUUUUCUGCUCAUAUUGGGGUAUUUCAACUUGACAAUAAUUUGUUAUGGUUUGGGUUCUUUUCUUCCUUUCUACAAUGGUUUCUUAGAUGCAGUUGAAUUACUGAGCCACUUGUUAGUCCUCAGCAGCCUGGGUCUCCUGACAGCCAUCAGCACGGAGCGCUCCGUCUCUGUCAUCUUCCCAAUCUGGUAUCGCUGCCACCGCCCAAAGCACUUGUCAGGCAUCGUGAGUGGGGUGCUCUGGGCCGGCGUUGCGUUUUUCAUUUUGUCAUAUUAUGUUUGCUCUCUCCUUGGUCAAAGACAUUACACACUGCUUGCAAGUGUGGGCAUUGUCUAUUCCGUGAUUUUGUCAUUAACGAUGUUGAUUUCCAACGUGUCCAUGGUCACGGGGCUCCGAUGUGGCUCACAGAGACGGCGCCUGGGGAAACUCUAUGUUGCUGUUGUGCUCAACAUCAUCUUCUUCUUUGCCUUAGGGAUGCCUUUCAGCAUAAAUUCUUUCUUUAAUCUUUUAUAUUAUGGUUUUCUAUUUCCUGAAAGGGUGACUCUGGUGCUGGCUCUGCUGAACAGCAGCAUCAACCCAGUCAUUUACUUCCUGGUGGGGAGCUGCCGGCAGCGCCGCUUCCAAGGCUCCAUCCAAGUCGCCCUGCGCAGAGUGUUUGAAGAGAGAGAAAGGAGCAAGGAGGAGAGCCCCGUGCCUGAGGGCAUCCCCAUGCAGAGCACUCCCCGAGGCUCUGCUGGGGAGGGGGAGGCCUGA